AUGGACUUAUUCAAACAGCAGAAAGUGGAGGACUUCUAUGAAAUUGGUGAAGAGUUGGGAAGUGGGCAGUUUGCCAUCGUGAAACAAUGCAGAGAGAAAAGCACAGGUCUGGAGUUUGCCGCCAAGUUCAUCAAGAAGCGUCAGAGCAUGGCAAGCUCUCGCGGUGUGCGGCGAGAGGAGAUCGAGCGGGAGGUGGACAUCCUGCAGCAGAUCCAGCACCCCAACAUCGUCACGCUGCACGACGUCUACGAGAACCGCACCGACGUGGUGCUCAUCCUGCAGCUGGUCUCUGGAGGCGAGCUGUUUGACUUCCUGGCACAGAAAGAGUCUCUGAGCGAGCAGGAGGCCACUCAGUUCAUCAAACAGAUCCUGGAGGGAGUCAACUACCUCCACGCCAGGAAGAUCGCUCACUUUGAUCUCAAGCCUGAGAACAUCAUGCUGCUGGACAAGAAUGUGCCGUUACCGAGAAUCAAACUGAUCGAUUUUGGUCUCGCCCACAAGAUUGAAGCUGGGGUCGAGUUCAAAAACAUCUUUGGAACACCUGAGUUUGUAGCACCGGAGAUUGUGAACUACGAGCCUCUGGGAUUAGAGGCAGACAUGUGGAGCAUCGGGGUGAUCACCUACAUCCUGCUGAGUGGUGCUUCACCUUUCCUCGGGGAGAGCAAACAGGACACGCUGGGGAACAUUUCAGCAGUGAAUUACGAGUUCGAUGAGGAGUUCUUCUGUCACACCAGCCAGCUCGCCAAGAAGUUCAUCAGCCAGCUGCUUGAGAAGGACAAGAAGAAAAGAUUAACAAUUCAAGACGCUCUAAAUCACCCAUGGAUCAAGUCCAACGAGCACCAGGAGGAAAGUAAAGCCCUGGUGCCGAAGAAACGGGAGCGGCGCCAGCUGAAGACCAAGCGCCUGAGGGAGUACACCAUCAAGUCCCACUCCAGCAUGCCCCCCAACAACACCUACGUAAACUUUGAGCGCUUCGCCCAGGUGGUGGAGGACAUCGACCAGAUGGAGAGUUCUUUUGUCAGCCUGGCAGCAGCUCACGACUCCCUGCAGGAGGACAUCGACGCCAUGGUCUCCAUAUACAACGAGAAGGAGGCCUGGUACAAGGAGGAGAGCGAGGACGUCCGCCACGAGCUCUCGCAGAUCCGCUACGAGUUCCGUAAGGUGGAGGCCUUCAAGAGGAGCCUGCAGGACGACAUGCAGGCGUUCGGCUGCAGCCUCGGCGCCGUCAGCAGCCGCUACCAGGAGAGACAGAGCCACUUCGACGCUCUGCGCCUGGAGCUGAGCAACGAGCUGAAGUGGGUGCAGGAGGUGAUGGGCUCGUUCCCCGCGGACGGAGGCGGGGGAGGAUACUCCAACUGCAACUUCUCCACCGUCUUCAACAACGACGUGAACGAGGCGCUGAAGGAGCUGCUGAACCGCUCCUGUGGAGGAGAGCUGCUGUCCGGCAUCAACCUGGACUUUGAGACUGGACAGCAGAGAUAAAUGUCCAGUAAAUAUUGCAUAAAUAAUCACAAAGCUGACUGGUACAGCUUGGCCUGUCACGAUUACUCAGUACGUUUACAUGGCACUUGAAAAAACAAAACAAAUUAUUGCCUUAGUCAGUCUAUAACUGGACAACUAAAGUGCAUGUAAAAGCGCCUCUGACUCCGAUUAAGACACCCAGAUAAUGUGAUUGGAAUUGGAUUUUCACCAGCAUGUAUGACAAAACAACGCAUGUGUGUAUGCUCCACUUGUUGUUUUUGUUGUUUGAAAAUGCAUUUUUCCUGCUUUUCUCCACUUGUUUAUUAUGACGUAAUAGGUCAACCCUCUGAAACGACGCAUAUCUCCACCCAGUGUUGAGGAGGAGGACACGUUCCCGUCGAUUUUCUCGUAUGUAAACUGGGACAAGGACAGAAGUCUGAUUAGAUGCCAAAAUAAAAUUUUAAGCAUAGCUCGAAUAAUGUGCAUGUAAACGCACUGACUGUUUCUAUCAGACGAUAUUUUGGCCCAGGAACAAUUUAUGCUACUGAUAUGAUAAUAUAACAGGAUUGUAGUGCAAGUACAGCCUUUCAAAGAACAAUUAACUUUUAUUAAGAAUAUUCACACAUGAAUAUGAAAAAAAUAUUAAAAUAUCCUCAAUAAAUCACAGCAGAGAGCAGAAAUUAUGUUUUAUUUCUGUUUGCAGUGAAAACAUGGUCUUAUAAUACAGUCAUAGAAAGGAUUAUUAGACCACCCUUGUUUCCUCCUUGCUUUCUUGUUCAUUUUAAUGGCUGGUACAACUAAAGGUACAUUUGUUUGGACAAAUAUAAUGAUAACAACAAAAACAGCUGAUAAGAGUUUCAUUUAAAAGCUGAUAUCUAGAUAUUUUCCAUGGUUUUCUUGAUAAUGAUUUUGGUUAUUAUCAAGAAAACCAUCGAAAAUAUCUAGAUAUAAGCUCUUAAAUAGAAAACAAUGGUCUAAUAUUUUUCCCAUGACUAUAGUUGGUAAAAGCUGCUGUUUGUCAACCAUCGUGUUAGCUAAAGUGAUGCUGACAUUUUUAAGGAAACAAACCUGCAUGUAAACAGGUCAGGCACAAUUAUAGUCAUCAUUUCAAGAUAUGGUACGAUAAAUCUAUAUUUUUAUUAUCGUGACAGGCUUGUGCACAGAUCAAAGGUCAUGAUACACAGGACAUACAUAAUGAUCUCUGUUGCAUAUGUACAUCAGAGAAGUAUUUUUUGCGUACAAACUGCAGAAAAAAAUAUUUUAAACAGUAAGAUUUGUCCUUAAAUAAAGUGAAAUGUUCAGCAAAACACUUCAGCAUCACUUUCAGUCAGCGAUGUUCAUCUAUUGUGUGUUUGAGAUAAAGGUGAAAAUGUGUGUAUUUUGUUUAUAGUUUAAUAUAAAAAACAAACAUUUCUAUUGGUACAGUGGAUGUGCGUGUCAUUAAAUGGUUAUUGGUGUCUGUCUGAGUCCCAUCAAAGGUCUUUAAAUAGACUCAGAGAAGUACAGUGAGUUCGUCACGAGUUCAUUCUGAUCGAUGAUGUGACGGCCAGCUGAUGUUUACUCAGGAACAUUCAACAGGAUGGUUUACUUUGUAAAUUUACUCAAGUCACAUCAUCCAUAACAUAAUAUACAACCCCAUUCCAAAAAAAGUUGGGAUGCAAAUAACUAAAAUAAGAAUGCAUCAA